CGGUCAGUCCGUCUGUCUGUCAGCUGGUCCGUCACUCAUUCCCUUUCUCCAUUCUCUCCUUUAUUCAUUCCUUCUUCCUGCGUUUACUGAUCGCCGCCGGGUGCCCAGCACUGUGGUAGGCGCGGGGAGACUGCGGAGAGCAUGAUCCCAGUUCUCCUAGGCUCUUCUCGUUCAGGGUUUGUCACAACCUCGCCACUCUUGAUACUUCGUGCCCAUCAUUCCCUGCUGUGCCUUGUAGGGUGUUGAGCAGUAUCCCUGGUGUCCACCCACUGGAUACCAGUAACCUCCCCCACCCCCGAGGUGACAACCAAAGAUGUCUCCAGACAUUUCCAAGCAUACCCGCUUUGAGAACGGGUGAUCUAGAGAGAGGUGCGGGAUUGACAAUGCACAGACACAGUCAUGAGGAUUUGUGAUAGGUGCCAUGAAAAAAAGAAGCAAGGUGUUAAGAAAGAGAGUACCAGGGGCUCCUGAAUGGCUUGGGGAGGGGGCACCUACAGUGAGCAUCCCGUCCUGGAAAGUUGCUGGAAGAGCUUUUUGGGCAGAGGUAGCAAGAUGUGCAAAGGCCCAGGGUGAGGAAGCUCAGCGGACACCCGCGGGUACUGGCAACGUCAUGAGAGGUGAAUUGGUGAAGACACACCAGAGUGCAGGAUGGGGAUUGUAUUGUGCUUACAAGGGAGGCUGUUGGAGGACUCAAGCACAGGAGAGAGGGCAUCAGGUCUAAGUCUAAUAAAGAGCCUCUGGUUGUGAGUGGAGGAUGGACUGCUAGCUUCAGUGGGGAAGUAGGAGAGAGUGAGGAGGCUGGCUUGUGUGCAGAGGAGAGUGGGUUGGGGCCCUCCUCUCCUAGUUCUCACUGGGUCUGGCUGCCCGGGCCUGGUUGUCUUGAGCCAGGUCAGGGUGGUCAGCUGCGGAUGAGUCUGGGGUCCUGCUGGAUGGCACCCUGCUCUAGUGGGGAGGGGUUCCACCCUACUUUGCUGUGUCCCUUGCUUAGAGCUCUAUGCUGCCCAGCCUGUCAGCACACCCUUCUCCCAUCCCUCAGACCCCUCCCCCACAACAGGCCCCCUCUCCUGGGACCUGCCCACCCCCUGGCCUUUGCCAACUAUGUGGCCUCUCUCUUCCUCAUUCCUUUUCUUGGGCCUCUCCCUUCCCACACCCCUUCCCCUCUCCGUCAUAAAUUCCCACUUUUCACUGCUCUGCGGAUUCAAGUUUCUCCAUGGAAACCCCAGGCCCUGUGUCUCAAGGUGCCUGCAUCCUAUAGCAGUACUAUCUCCAGGAAGCCAGAACCUCCCUCGGGGGAAGAGCAGGGAAAAGGGCAGUCUGGCUGAAAGAGACAGGCUGGGAAGGAGCGUAAGGCCUGGCCUGCAGUGGAUGUGAACCUUAGCCAGUUGGCUGGACAAAGGAAUGGACAGUUUGGGAAAUGGAAGAAGAUGCAGUUGAAGGGCCUGAGCCACUUGGGAGGCUUCGGCAGCCCCGACACAGUGAUUUGGCCGCUAGCUGGCAUGGCUUGGGCAGGGGCUGGCUUACAUGCAAGGUGGAGCUCCUCAGCUUGCCUGCGGCAACAGAGGAAGCAGAAGGAACAGGGCUUUGGUCAGCCUUGGUCAUGACCCCUCGCUGGCUGUCUGUGCCUGGGGUGGCCUCUCAGCUUCCAUUUUCAGUUUUCAAGGAGGAGCUGAUGUCAGUGGAGCCUUCACUGUUAACUCACAUGGCAUCUCGCACAGUUCCUUCCAGACUUGGGUACAUCCACUCCAUUUAAUAGGUGAGAAAUCCGAGGACCUGGCAGGCAAGUAACUUGCCCAGAGUCGCACACCUGUUAAGUGGCAGAAGCAGAAUUUGAACUCAGGUCUGAGUCUGGCACUUGUGGGUGGGCACCUAGGACUUCAGACCUCUGGCUCAGACCCAUGAAGAUGGACCCACCAACCCCUCUCAACAGAUGCCUUCAGUGUCCGCUGUGCACUGGCUGUGGGGCAGAAGAGGGGAUGCUGCCCGAGGACCUUAGAUGCCUCUCUAGAGCAUGAGCUCGGGCAAGAGCGCCCGCUACAACCGCUUCUCCGGGGGGCCUAGCAACCUUCCUACCCCAGACGCCGCCACCGGGACCAGAAUGGAAACGACCUUCGGGCCCGCCUUUUCGGCUGUCACCACCAUCACAAAAGCUGAUGGGACCAGCACAUACAAACAGCACCGCAGGACGCCCUCUUCCUCCAGCUCCCUCGCCUACUCCCCACGGGACGAGGAGGACAGCAUGCCCCCCAUCAGCACCCCACGCCGCUCUGACUCGGCCAUCUCCGUCCGCUCCCUGCACUCGGAGUCCAGCAUGUCCCUGCGCUCCACAUUCUCGCUGCCCGAGGAGGAGGAGGAGCCGGAGCCGCUGGUGUUUGCCGAGCAGCCCUCGGUGAAGCUCUGCUGCCAGCUCUGCUGCAGUGUGUUCAAGGACCCUGUGAUCACCACGUGUGGGCACACCUUCUGUCGAAGAUGCGCCUUGAAGUCAGAGAAGUGUCCCGUGGACAAUGCCAAGCUGACGGUGGUGGUGAACAACAUCGCAGUGGCUGAGCAGAUUGGCGAGCUCUUCAUCCACUGCAGGCACGGUUGUCGGGCAGUGGGGGGCGGGAAGCCCACUGUCUUUGAGGUGGACCCCCGAGGGUGUCCCUUCACCAUCAAGCUCAGCGCCCGGAAGGACCACGAGGGCAGCUGUGACUACAGGCCUGUGCGGUGCCCCAACAACCCCAGCUGCCCGCCCCUUCUCAAGAUGAACUUGGAGGCACAUCUCAAGGAGUGCGAGCACAUCAAGUGUCCCCACUCCAAGUACGGGUGCACGUUCAUCGGAAACCAGGACACGUAUGAGACGCACUUGGAGACCUGCCGCUUCGAGGGCCUGAAGGAGUUCCUUCAGCAGACGGAUGACCGCUUCCACGAGAUGCACGUGGCACUGGCCCAGAAGGACCAGGAGAUCGCCUUCCUGCGCUCCAUGUUGGGCAAGCUCUCAGAGAAGAUCGACCAGCUGGAGAAGAGCCUGGAACUCAAGUUCGAUGUCCUGGAUGAAAACCAGAGCAAGCUCAGCGAGGACCUCAUGGAGUUCCGGAGGGACGCGUCCAUGUUGAAUGACGAGCUGUCCCACAUCAAUGCACGGCUGAACAUGGGCAUCCUAGGAUCCUACGACCCACAGCAGAUCUUCAAGUGCAAAGGAACUUUUGUGGGUCACCAGGGCCCUGUCUGGUGUCUCUGCGUCUACUCAAUGGGGGACCUGCUCUUCAGCGGCUCCUCUGACAAGACCAUCAAGGUGUGGGACACGUGUACCACCUACAAGUGCCAGAAGACGCUGGAGGGCCAUGAUGGCAUUGUGCUGGCACUCUGCAUCCAGGGGUGCAAGCUCUACAGCGGCUCAGCCGACUGCACCAUCAUCGUUUGGGACAUCCAGAACCUGCAGAAGGUGAACACGAUCCGGGCCCACGACAACCCGGUGUGCACGCUGGUCUCCUCACACAACAUGCUCUUCAGCGGCUCCCUGAAGGCCAUCAAGGUGUGGGACAUUGUGGGCACCGAGCUGAAGCUGAAGAAGGAGCUCACCGGCCUCAACCACUGGGUGCGGGCCCUGGUGGCUGCCCAGAGCUACCUGUACAGCGGCUCCUACCAGACAAUCAAGAUCUGGGACAUCCGGACCCUCGACUGCAUCCACGUCCUGCAGACAUCUGGCGGCAGCGUCUACUCUAUUGCCGUGACGAAUCACCACAUUGUCUGUGGCACCUACGAGAACCUCAUCCAUGUGUGGGACAUUGAGUCUAAGGAGCAAGUGCGGACCCUGACAGGACACGUUGGCACCGUGUAUGCCCUGGCGGUCAUCUCGACGCCAGACCAGACCAAAGUCUUCAGCGCAUCCUACGACCGGUCUCUCAGGGUCUGGAGUAUGGACAACAUGAUCUGCACGCAGACUCUGCUGCGUCACCAGGGCAGUGUGACUGCGCUGGCAGUGUCCCGGGGCCGGCUCUUCUCAGGAGCCGUGGACAGCACCGUGAAGGUGUGGACUUGCUAACAGAAUCCAGGCCAGGUCUUGGCUUCCUCUGGGCCUGACCUAGGCCUGUCCAAGUCCGGCGAGCCACAUGACUGGUCUUGGGGUCUCUGCCUACCCCAUAGGAACAGGCAGGCAGACUCAGCCAGGCAGACAAUGCCCUCCCUGCCCUGCGCCCAGUGAGCCUCUCUCUGCUUGGCCUUGUCAUCGUCACUGCCAGGACAGUGCCCAGACCGUCUGGGUGCCAGGUACGACGCUCACCAGGCCCACCCUCCAUCCCCACUCCAGAUGGACUGUGGGCCUUUUUACUCACCUUUUCUACUGUUUUUAGACUGUGUAUAAAUUUGAUUACUUCCUGAUUGAAAUAAAAGCUGCACAGACUGUG